ACAUCCUAAACACAUCUUUACUCACAGACGUCUCUUUAACUUCUACGAGAACAGUAUCAUUUAAAAAUUUUCGAGUUGUGUAUAUAAAAUCGACCUUUUUGUAUAUAAACUUACUGUAUAUAUACAAUAUUUGUGUAUACAUACAGUCGUUACGAGUGUUUGUAAUAUAAAGAAGAAAAUUUAAAUUGUUUAGUUUGAGUUAGUGUAAAUGUUUAAUUUAUAAUGAAGGAAUCACAGUUAAAUGAAGUCAGUAGUGCAGCGGUCGGUCCGGCGGUGCAUCAAAACAUCAACAACAUACAACAGCAUUUACAUCAAUUACAUUUACAUCAAAAUCACACAGGAGUUAUUUUAUCGAACGAUCAACCCCAAGAAACCACCACCACCACUACUAAUACUAACCAAAACGAAGCGGAUACUAAACCUACAAGCAGCGAUAAAAAAUCCGGUAUACGUCGACAAGAAAAACCUCCCUAUUCUUAUAUAGCUUUAAUAGUAAUGGCGAUACAAAAUUCACCGACGAAACGAUUAACCCUUAGUGAAAUUUAUACGUUCCUACAACAAAGAUUUCCUUUUUUCAGAGGUUCGUAUCAAGGUUGGAAAAAUUCCGUGCGACAUAACCUCUCGUUAAACGAAUGUUUUAUCAAAUUACCAAAAGGAUUAGGUCGGCCCGGUAAAGGACAUUAUUGGACAAUCGAUCCAGCUAGUGAAUUUAUGUUCGAAGAAGGUUCCUUCCGACGGCGACCUAGAGGUUUCCGAAGGAAAUGUCAAGCUAUGAAACCCCAAUAUCAUCCCGGUACGUUUUUCACUAAUAACAUGGCCAAUAUGGUGAAUCAAACUGCCACUUACGAUCAUCAAGCUCUUAUCACUCAAGAUUAUAGUACUUGUUCUUAUAAUGGUGCGUCGCAAGUAUCCGCGUCUCAUUAUGGAAGUUACGAAUAUCCAUCGGUGUAUCAACAACAAUGUGAUAGGGAAUGGGGAGGCGCUACCGGGAUUCUACCUUCUUAUUCCGAUAGUACUAUUUCCAGUUCUUACAUGAAAGCUCCUUUGAGUCCUAUGAACGAAGGACAAGAAGCGCCAUCGCCUGUAAUGAACGAAAAUUAUUAUCCUGCUUAUGGAAGUAUAACCUCCACUUCGGAAACCAUGAUGAGGCCUCCCAGUAAUUCAAUACAGGCACCUCAAUGUGAUAGGAAGCCGUAUUUAAGUCCACCGCCUCCGUCAAUUCCAACGUCGCUUCCUUCACCCCCAGCAGCUAACACCCCACAUACUUACUACGAACCCACGGUAAAAUAUAACAUGUAGGUAUAAUGAACUGAAUGUUUUUUGAAAAAAAGAAAAUUUUCGUUUAUUCUUGUAUUUAAAAAAUUGAUAAAUAAAUCGAAAUUGUUCAUACUAUCUAUUUUCUAAUUAUAUCUUACAUUUUCUGUGUUAUUUAUUUUGUCAAUAUCUUCGUCUAGUUUUUCUUUUGAUUAAUCGCAGUUGUUUCGUUGUUAUCGUUGUCAAAUUAUAGUCUUUAGAGACUGAAGAUAAACAGGUAACAAACAGUUUACCUUCGGUCUCUGAAGACGAUAACUUGGUUAUCGAAACGCGUAUCAGAAUCAGUGUAUUCAGUACUUCGAGUUUUCUGGUUAGGAAAUUUCAAUCGAGUCAUCUUUUCUUAUGAUUUCGAGUUUUCUAUUAUUGGAAUUUAAUAAAUAGUCCAACAAUUUUGGGGUCUUGAAUUUUUCGAAGAAUAGUCUAUCGAUUUCUUUACUUAUCACACGAUAUCACUUUAAGUAUUUUCUACAAUUUUCGUUUAACUACAUGAAAAUUGUAAUUUGUAGUUAGUGAUAAUUUAUCAGGUAUCUAUAUCCUUUAAGGCGUUUGACUUAUUUUUUUUCCCUUAUUCGUCUUCAAACGCUUUCUCCACAGAUUUCUGUAUUCCGCCCUCGCUAAUAUCUUUCAGUACUGUAUCCCAUUCUUUAGCUUUCUUGUACCUCCGUCCCGUCUUAUAAGUUUGAAUCCCUCAUAAGCCCCCGUAUUUGUGAACCAUUAAAUUUUUGCCUCGCUGGGUUUGGGAAAUUUCUCUUUCAGAUAUAAGAAUCCAUUGCCACAAGCUUUAGGCAUGGUUUUCACAAAAUUUUUCAUCAUGUCGAACUUUUUAUGCAACGGUCGUCUCCACAAAUUUUCCAAACAUGUUCAAUGUAUUUCAUUUUUUCAAGAAGGAACUUCAUGUUCCGAAGUGUCUUUCAGAACAGAACCACGGGCAAUCGGCACUUAAGGACGUUUAUUUCCGUUGUUUGGCAACACUGUUUUCAAGCUAAUUUUUGAGAAAUCAAUGAACAAUUUCAGUUUAUAUUCAAAAUUCGGCACGAGGACGUGGCGCCUGGAUUUGACUAUGCGAUACUUGAAGUUAGAAAACUUUAUUCUUAUUUAAUAUUUGUAUAAAACAACCUAACCUCAACCUAACCUAACCUAACCUAACCUAGCCUAACCUAAAAACUUCAAAAGUUUAAAAAUCGUGACUUUUUUACAGCCAAAAUUAUCUGAAGUGUGAGGAUUAUUUUAGUUUUAAUUUAUUAUUAUUAUUUUUUAUUAUGGGGGGUUUCGCUUCAUCAUCACGAUGUUGAUAAUAAAAAAUUUCCAGUUUAUUAGAAAACAUGUAAAUUAGGUUAAAAAAGAAAAUAUGUUAUAGAUGUUACAAAAAAACAAAAAAUAUUUUUUUAUUGAGGGUACAUCGAGAGAAAACUUAUUAUAAAGUUCGUGUGACAAAAAGCAGUGCUGAAAAUUUAUUGAUAUAAGAUUAAACGAAUAUUUUUGUGAUUAUUUUGUAAAUAUUGAAGCCAUAGACAAAAAAUCUCGUCUUGUCUCGCACGACAAUCUCGCAGAGAUCUGACUUUCAACGGAGGUCGAGAAAACAGUUUUUCCGCUGGUACAGAUGUGGCUGAAAGUCAAAAUAAAUUUGUUUGUUAUAAUUAAGCUAUAAACAUACCAUUUUCAACUUUUUUGAGGAUUACAUUUUCUUUAACCUACGUGGUAGCGUCAAAAUUAAAUCUACGGUAUAAAUCGAAUUGUUUUUUUUUUGGUAGUUUUCAGAACUGCUCAAAUUCUUGAAUAAGGUGUUUAUCUACUUGGUUUCAGUCGAUUUCAAGGUCCCAUAUAAAAAUUUCACUUUUUACUUUGUCAAUAAACAGAUUGUUUGAUAAAAUAACUAUUGGCCACGUAGCAUAUUAUUUAUUUCUUCAAAGUAAAUAAUAAAUUAUCGACUUCUUCAAAUGUUGUCGAUUUAUAUUCUGUUUCUGCGGAUUUUUGUAUAUUUUGAAAUUUUCACAUUUUAUUGUUAACUACUCGCAUGUUAUCAUUAAAAUUCUAGCUAGUAGUUAUCAUCUUGUAUCUCUAAUUGCUUCAAAUACACCUCAUUAGGUAAAAGCUGCUCCUAACGCAAAUUUUUUUCUCGAUUCUUGUCAUACCAACAUCCACAGUCAUAUCCACACGGCAGGCACCAUUCGAAACAACUCGAAUGCGUUUUGUGCUUGUUUUUUAUAUAAAAAAAAAAAUUCGUCUCGUAAUCGAGACGAGACGAGACUAUGCGGUACUGAUCGCAAAUAUUUUCGGCAACUACUUCACUUAUUGUUGUCUUUUUACCAAAUAAAAAUCAUUAUUUGUUUUUAUAAAUAUGAACAACAAUUUUUUUAAAAAAAUUUCGAAGUUUCAUUUAAACAAUAUCAAAGUUGAAAACCAAAGAUUUAUUUGUUUUGUAAUGUUAUUAAUUUUAAGUACUUAUGUUAUUACAAUAUAUGAAUUUAUAGAUGUAGUUAGUUUGAUCCUUCAAUAAACCAGAUUUAGUUACCAUUGAAUUACCAAUGCGAUAUUUGUAUAUUAGACCGAUAACUUGGAAUUCAAAUUACCAUCAAAAACUUUCUAAUUUAUUCCAAUCGGGAAAUAAACUGAUUUUUAUUUUAAGCAACUUAAGCAUAGAGAAAAUGUUAAAUAUAGUGAGAGAGAGAGAGAAAGCAUCGGGAUUACCAUUCUUUGUCUCACUCUAAUCGCCAAUAAAAUCAAAACUUGGUAUUCUUCUAUUUUGUCAUUGUUACUAUUUGAAACCUCGACGUUAUUUCGAUCCAAUCAAAAUAAAUUAAAGAGAGAGAUACAGAGUGGUAUACCGAUGUUCUUUCUUUCUUUUCAAGCCGUUCGGGCUCGCUCUCUCUAUCUUUAAUUAGGAAUUGAGUGCUUUACAUGAGGAACCGAUGAAAAAAAUUAACAAACUUGUGUCGAAGAAAUUAUUUGUUGGAAAUAUAAAAAAAAGAUGAGGAAUUUCAGAUUUUGUUAUGAAUUUUUUGAUAUGUUUAUUGCAUAAUGCAAAUAAUCUUUUUUUACUUUGAAACAUCGCACCUUUUAAAUACUUGAGGUAUUUCCAAAAUUUUUUGAUAAUUUUUUUAACCGAUUAAAAAAUGUAGUUUCGCCUUUUGGAUGGUGAUUUUAAUUUCAAUUUGAUUUAUAGCGUUAUAUUUAGAAUUAUUUAUACAAUAAUUUUGUUGAAUAGUGAAAAAAAUAAAGUAUUUUUAACAACAAA